AUGCCCGCGCAAAAGACGUCGGCCCGGCUCGCCGACCUCGAGCGCGACGGCUUCGUCGUCAUCAAGUCCAUCGUCAGCCCCGAGAAGCUCGAGACGCUGCGCGCCGCCAGCCGCGAGGCCGAGGCCCUGGCCCGCGCCGGCGACUGGCCGCACACACGCACCGUCGGCAAGCAGUUCCCCCCCUGGCACCCGGACCCCGAACAGGGCAUCUGGGGCGUCCAGCACCUCAUGAACCCGGCCCUGCCCGGCAGCGCCGUCUUCACCCACCUGUACUUUUCCGAAGAGGUCCUGUCCAUCGUGCGCGAGCUGCUCCAGUGUGACGACGAGCACCUCAUCAUGGAGCUCUUCAACAUGCUCGUCCGCCCGGACCGCGACUUCGAGCUGCGCUGGCACCGCGACGACAUCCCCGCCGACGCCUCGGCGGACCAGGAGAUGGAUCGCCUCGCCCGCCCGGCCUUUCACGCCCAGUAUAACUUUGCCCUGUGGCACGACGACUCGCUCGUCCUCGUCCCGGGCUCCCACCGGCGCCCGCGCACCGACACGGAGCGCGCCGCGGGGCCCUUUGAGAAGACGCUGCCGGGCCAGCUCGUCGUCACCCUCGAGCCGGGCGACAUUGCCUUUUACAACAACAACAUCCUCCACCGCGGCGUCUACGACAGCAAAAAGGACCGCAUGACCCUCCACGGCUCCGUCGGCCAUGUCGGCGGCAGCCAGCUGCGCGCCCGCAACGUCCUGCAGCACGGCGUUGGCGACUGGGUCGGCGCCGUUGACUUUUCCGGGCUCGGCGAGGCUGAACGGCGCCGCGCAGAGGGCAUGCGCGCUCGCCUCGUCAAGAUGGGCAGCGAGAGCGGCCAUGUCGGAUACUCGCUGCAGGGCUGA